CUGACAUUUGCAGACUGAUUAUUUUUGUUUAUAUAAAAAAAAAAAAAACAUUUACAAAAAUAUUAAAUUACUUAUUUCAAUAGCACCGCAAGUAAAAUAAACUAUUUCUUUAUUAAUUCUCACUUUAAUAUGCCGUACGAAGAAGAUCAAGAUUACAUAGAAGGUUCGAGAAGAUCCCUUCGCGACAGAAAGAAAAGGUCACACACCGAAAGAAAACUACGCGGCAAGUCGGAUGAGUUAAAAUUUCUGGAACACUUUGAUCCAGUCAAAUCGAAUCGAGAAAAACGUAAGCUUCGUCGCAAACCAGGAGCUACAUCAUCUAAAAAUAGUUUAUACGAUGAAUACGGACGUGUUAAACACAACAAAGCAGACGUUUGCGACUGCAUGGACGAAGAAUGCAACGGAUGUUGGUUCGAAUGUGAGUCUUGUAUGGGCACCAAAUGCGGAAUUCAAUGCAGGGUGAAUAGAAAGUUUUUCUAUGAUUGCAUUACAUUCGAUGGAAAGGAUGCCACAAUUAAAAAUAAACAUUUUUAAAAAAUACAAAUAAUUCAUGUAGAUUAAGAUAAGUUAACAAAUAAAUGUAUAAGAAUAUCAAUAAAAUCAGUUUUGUUUUGAUCCCUACUUUA